GGUACUGAUUUGAACAUAAUCUCUUGGUCUUUGUUGUGCUUUGAUGACCAUAUUUCUCUUUCAGCCCAAAAUGGAGUUAACCCCGACUGGGAGAAGAAAGUUAUAGAAUACUUCAAGGAAAAGCUGAAGGAAAAUAAUGCUCCUAAAUGGGUACCAUCAUUGAAUGAAGUUCCCCUUCAUUAUUUGAAACCUAACAGCUUUGUCAAGUUUCGUUGCAUGAUUCAGGAUAUGUUUGACCCUGAGUUUUACAUGGGCGUUUAUGAGACGGUUAACCAGAACACAAAAGCACGGGUUCUUCAUUUUGGAAAAUACAGGGAUAUAGCAGAAUGUGGGCCUCAACAGGAGCUUGACUUAAACUCUCCACGAUCUACCACAGCAGAAAGACAGACCUUCUACUGUGUCCCAGUGCCUGGGGAAUCUUCAUGGGUCAAAGAGGCCUAUGUCAAUGCAAACCAAGCUCGAGUCAGUCCCUCGACUUCCUAUACGCCUAGUCGGCACAAGAGGAGUUACGAAGAUGAUGAAGACAUGGACCUACAGCCCAACAAACAGAAAGACCAACAUGCAGGUGCCAGGCAAGCAGGGGGCCUCGGUGGUCUUCACUGGUGCGGAGAACCAAAACGCUUAGAAACUGAAGCUUCCACUGGGCAGCAGCUGAACUCCUUGAACCUCUCUUCCCCAUUCGAUCUGAACUUCCCCCUGCCAGGAGAGAAGGGCCCUGCCUGCCUCGUUAAGGUCUAUGAAGACUGGGACUGCUUCAAAGUCAAUGACGUUCUUGAGUUAUAUGGUGUGCUGUCUGUAGAUCCUGUCCUGAGCAUACUGAAUAAUGAAGAAAGGGAUGCCUCUGCACUGCUGGACCCCAUGGAGUGCUCAGACAUGGCAGAGGAGCAGAGGGUGCAUAGUCCUCCAGCUUCAUUAGUGCCAAGAAUUCAUGUUAUUUUAGCCCAGAAGCUGCAGCACAUCAAUCCUUUGUUACCCACUUGCCUUAACAAGGAGGAGAGCAGAACCUUUGUAUCCAGUUUCAUGUCUGAGUUGUCUCCAGUCAGAGCAGAGCUGCUUGGAUUCCUCACUCAUGCACUCUUGGGAGAUAAUUUGGCUGCAGAAUACCUUAUAUUACAUCUCAUCUCAACAGUAUAUACAAGAAGAGAUGUUCUUCCACUAGGAAAAUUUACAGUUAACCUGAGUGGCUGCCCACAAAAUAGUACCUUCACAGAACACCUGUAUCGGAUCAUUCAACACCUUGUUCCAGCAUCUUUUCGUCUACAGAUGACGAUAGAAAACAUGAACCAAUUGAAAUUCAUUCCCCACAAAGACUACACAGCCAACCGAUUGGUCAGCGGUCUUCUCCAGCUGCCCAACAACACGUCCCUGGUCAUUGAUGAGACUCUUCUAGAGCAAGGGCAGUUGGACACCUCAGGUGUUCAUAAUGUGACUGCCCUGAGCAACCUGAUAACCUGGCAGAAGGUAGAUUAUGACUUCAGUUACCACCAGAUGGAGUUCCCGUGCAACAUCAACGUCCUCAUCACAUCCGAGGGGAGGUCACUACUCCCGGCAGACUGCCAGAUUCACUUACAGCCCCAGCUGAUGCCGCCCAACAUGGAGGAGUACAUGAACAGCCUUCUCUCGGCUGUGCUGCCGUCUGUGCUCAACAAGUUCCGCAUCUACCUGACCCUCCUGAGGUUUCUGGAUUACAACAUUUCAGAUGACAUAACCAAGGCGGUUGAAGAUGACUUCGUGGAAAUGCGUAAAAACGACCCUCAGAGUAUCACAGCCGAUGAUCUCCACCAGCUGCUUGUGGUGGCUCGGUUUUUGUCCCUGAGUGCUGGCCAAACAACACUGUCAAGAGAACGAUGGCUGAGAGCAAAGCAGCUGGAGUCAUCCAGAAAGAACAGACUUCAGCAGCACAAGUGUGUGAACGGGAACGAGCUUUAGAGUCUGAACUGGAGGAGAGUGGGCAAGCUAUAGCCACCGUGCUGUCCAGUUCAGAUCUGUUUAUACCAUACUGUUUUAUAGAUGAUUUGUAGGCAAAAACCAAUGACUUUUCCUGAAAUCAAGCCUGGUGACACCUAAAGUUUAUAUGAUUCUCUGUAAGGGCUUUUACCUUACUGGUUUUAUGGAGUUUUGGAGUUUGUUUUAUAAUUAGUUAUGAUGUACAAAAAUGUAUUUGAUAUUAAAGGUUUAAUAAUGAUAAUGUUGCUGAUCAUACCAUUUCCUUAGCCGUAGCUAGCUGCAUCUUAGGCCAGACUAUUGGAGUGCCGGCUUCCCCUGAAGCUGUGCAUCCACGUCCGUGUGAGUGCAGUCUGAGUAUAUCUAGUCGGGACGCACUUGCCAUUGACUCGUGAGCUCUCUCGUGUCAGUGUCCACAUCUGGACAGAUACUUUCCCUUAGCAGCUGUUAAUAACCUGCAGAAGUAGGCUUUCCCAUGGCAGGCGUCCCCAACUUUUAGAUUUCAUACAUUAGUAAUACUUCCAGAGACUUCUGGGGUAGGGUUGCCAAUUGAUUUUGCCAAGUCAUAAGAAACCACUGUGAUCACCAUUUUGUUUCCAUGAAAGGACACUGUCAGACAAGAGGUUCUCAUUGGAACAAAUAUGGCUGUGACUCAGGUCACUGCAUAGUUCUUAGCUCUUCUCACACCCCUGCAUUUGGGAACUGUCACUUUAAGGGACUCUGAAGGGAACUUUGUGCAAACAUGAAAGAUUUGAUUUAAAUGUAAACUUAGAGGGGGUUAGAAUCUUUUUUUAUGGUGCUGUGUAUUGAACUCUGGCCUCUCAUACAUGAGAAGUGUUUCUCUGCCACUAACCUACAUCCUCAGCCUGUUGCAGGGUGUGGGGGGAGUGACUUUGAAUCAUUUUCCUUGUUAUUUAGCUGAUUUGAUGAUUGUACUGAAUUUUGAGCUUGUAAUAAUAAGUUUAUCAGAUAGUUUCCAAGUGUGUUAGAUGGGUAACAUCAUUUGCUAGUGCAGUAAAGGCCCAUAUAUUACAGGUAGGUUUCCUCCGACCUAUUCAUUUUGAUAUGCAUAUUUUCAAGUAAAAGUUAUUACUUAUAAUUUGCAAAUUAAUAUAGAAUUGUGGCAACAGUAAUCAGAAAGGUUAGAACAGUGCUCUCUGAGGUGCGCAUGAAGAUGAAUUCAUUUGGAAACAGGUGAAUUCAGUGGUCCCUUAUCUUUUUCCUACUAAAGAGGCUUGCAUUGACAUUGUUAACCAAGGAAACAGGGUCAGCCUUGAUAAAUCAAGGAAUUAGCCUAAUGAGAGGAAGUACAUUACAGACUACUAGUUGUUCAGCGUUCUUUCCUAACCUCAAAUCUAUUUUUCUAAGCUAAUGUAAAUAAUGUUCAUAUUAGAAUUCUAACUGGUUUUCAUUUUUAUAACUGGUAGACAAGAUCUUCCUUAAACCUUUGGAAAUAAAAUGUUCACAUAGAUUUUUGAAAAUACGUUUUUUGUCCUAGAACAAAGUUUUUAGUUUGUCUUGUCAAACUGUACCAAUGUAAACUGUAAUUUACCAAAGAAAAGUCAUAAUUUUGCUUGAUCUUACAGAAAAGUUCCCUUGAGUAACCAUGUCCAGUAAAUAAAACUUCCAAGUUCCCAGUA